UUCUCCCUUCACGAUAUGGUUGUGGAGCCUAGUCUGACCUUCGCCUUCAAGCCCCCACCCACACAUUGCACCAGAUUUAACUUCCGGACAUUCCGCUGGAUGCAGACCAUGAUAUUUGCCAUCGAGGAGAUUAACAGGGAGGGCAGACUCCUUCCCAACGUCACUUUGGGAUAUAAGAUCUAUGAUUCAUGCAGUACCCCCCACCAGGCUCUCAAAGCUGCUAUGGAGCUGAUGGGCAGUGAGGACACAUUAGUGGCCGAAAGUGGGUUGCAUCAAAGCAGUUGCAGAGGGGCCGUACCUGUUGUGAUAGGGGAUGGAGGCUCCACCCAGUCUCUGGUAGUGGCCCGCUUCUUGGGAGUCUUCCAUGUGCCUCAGGUUAGUUACUUUUCUAGCUGUGCUUGCCUGAGUGACAAGGAUGAGUUUCCUGCUUUCCUAAGGACCAUGCCCAGUGACUUCUUCCAGGUUGAUGCGCUUGUACAACUGGUGAAACAUUUUGGCUGGACUUGGGUAGGUGUGAUCGCAGGUGAUGAUGCUUACGGUCGUGGUGGUGCAAACAUUUUUGCUGAUGAGGUUAGAAAGUUAGGCGCUUGCGUCGCACUCCAUGAAAUCAUCCCCAAGAAUCCGGCGCAGACUGCCAUCUCAUCCAUCAUUUCCAAAAUCCUCUCCUCCAGGGCCCGAGUGAUACUCGUGUUUGCGGUGGAACAGGACGCAGCAGCACUCUUUGAUGAAGCCCUUAGGGAGGGACUGACUGGGAUACAGUGGCUGGCCAGUGAGGCUUGGAGCACAGCAGCUGUCCUCUCCACCCCUAAAAAGUACCAACCCAUCCUGCAGGGAUCCAUGGGCUUUGCCAUUCGCCGAGCAAACAUCCCUGGUCUGCGUGACUUUCUGCUCCGCCUGCAUCCCUCUGGCCCUGGUGCUACGGAGGACCCUUUUCUGAUACCAUUCUGGGAAGAAGUUUUCCAAUGCAGCUUGGGUGUUCAGCAAAAUGUUAAUGCGAAACCACUGUGCACUGGAGCUGAAGACCUAAAGAGUGUGGCAAAUAUCUAUUCGGAUGUGUCCCAGCUGAGGAUCUCCUAUAAUGUUUAUAAAGCUGUGUAUGCUAUAGUCUAUGCAUUUAGGAGUAUGAGAGGCUGCGAAGAAGGGAAAGGGUCUCUUGUUUUACAGGCAUGUCCGGAUGCACUCAGCAUACAGCCAUGGCAGCUGCUUCAUUACAUAAAACAAGUGGAAUACUUCAACUCAUUUGGGGAUGAAAUCAAAUUUGAUGAGAAUGGUGACCCUGUUGCCGUGUACGACCUGGUCAACUGGCAGCUGAGUCCAAGCGGAGAGAUUGAUUUUGUCACUAUUGGAAAGUUUGAUGAAACCGUGACAAGCGGACAGCAAAAGCUCCGUAUCCAGGAAGAGGAUAUUGUGUGGAACGGCAACCAGACCAAAGUCCCACUGUCAGUAUGCAGCAACAUAUGUCCUCCAGGCACCCGCAAGGCCACCAGGCCUAACUUCCCUAUCUGCUGCCAUGAUUGUGUGGUGUGUACAGCUGGGGAGAUUAGCAAUCAGACCGAUGCCAUAGAGUGUGCGCCCUGCUUGCCUGAAUUCUGGUCCAACGCCGAGAGGACCGCCUGUGUUCCCAGACAGGUGGAGUUCCUCUCUUUCAGUGACACCAUGGGCAUCACCCUGAUGGCCAUAUCCCUCACUGGCGCCUUCUGCACCUGCGUCGUGGUCUUCAUCUUCUCAUACCACAGAACCACGCCCAUCGUCAGGGCCAACAACUCGGAGCUGAGUUUCCUGCUGCUCUUCUCCUUGACCUUGUGUUUCCUUUGCUCUCUGACUUUCAUUGGCCGGCCCUCACAGUGGUCCUGCAUGCUGCGCCAGACGGCCUUUGGCAUUACCUUCGUCCUCUGCAUCUCUUGCAUACUGGGAAAGACGAUAGUAGUGCUGAUGGCCUUCAAGGCGUCGCUUCCUGGUAGCAGACUUAUGAGGUGGUUUGGGCCUGCAAGGCAAAAAGCAAUUAUUGGUUUUUGCACUCUGGUCCAGGUGAUCAUCUGCACCGUGUGGCUCGUAGUGGCCCCACCCACCCCACGCAAACUAAUUCCUCGCGAGAGCGCCAUCGUCAUUCUCCUGUGCAACGAGGGCUCCCACGCGGCCUUCGGCUUGGUCCUGGGCUACAUCGGCCUGCUGGCCUGCCUCUGCCUCCUGCUGGCCUUCCUGGCCAGGAAACUUCCGGACAAUUUCAACGAGGCCCGCCUCAUCACCUUCAGCAUGCUGAUCUUCUGUGCAGUGUGGGUCGCUUUCGUUCCCGCUUACAUCAGCUCCCCAGGAAAGUACUCCACAGUCACUGAGGUGUUUGCCAUCUUAGCCUCCAGCUAUGGCUUGCUGGGCUGUAUCUUUGCACCAAAGUGCCACAUGAUCCUGUUUAGACCUGAAAAGAACACCAGAAAACAUCUCAUGUCCAGAGUUGAUAAGUUUUAG